UACAACUUGCGUGUCGAGUUCUAUUGAGGCAGGAGGACGUCAGCAGAACAUAUGACACCAUUCUCUUCAUGGAGAGGCUUGUCGAGAGGGUCAUCUGGCCAAGAACCUGGGGGUACAGCUGUAUCGCCAGUGCUACGCCACAGCGCUCGCUCUAAUUCCAGCUCCUUGUCAUAGCACUCGUUCUCAAAUACACCAACUGCUUGGCUGCAGCACGAAGGCCACGUGCGACCUGCCGUCCAUAGUCAUUUACGCAAUAAUCUCAUAAUAAUCUGCAUCCAAAUUGCAAGACCUAGCUAUACUACAAAAAGGACGACAGCAUCUCGAGUUUCUUUCCCAAUGAGCGACAAUGGCCACUUCUGCUACCUCAGUACAUGACGUUGCACAGACCCGAAGUAUUGAGCUGAGGGAAAUCCAUCCUGCGAGCCCAAACUUAGACUCCUCGGCAUCAAAGCCGGAUGCGGUCUCAGAAACCGUGAUUGAUACGCCUGCAGAAAGCAGGCAGAAGCGUAACAAGGGUCGACUGCAUUAUGCUACCCUCUGCUGGUUCAUGUUUCUGGCAGGUUGGAACGAUGGUACCGCGGGACCACUCAUUCCAAGGAUGCAGACCGUCUAUCAUGCUAACUAUACGAUUGUUUCGUUGAUUUUCGUCUGCGCCUGCUUCGGCUUCCUUUCCGGUGCAUUCGCAAACAUAGUUUUGACUCCAAAACUUGGUUUUGGAAAAUUGAUGAUCCUUGGUUCCCUGUGCCAGGUAACCGCGUACUCUCUGCAGGCUCCUGGACUCCCCUUCCCUGUAUUCGUCAUUGCCUAUAUGAUCAACGGGGUUGGCUUGGCUUUCCAGGAUGCACAGGCAAACGGGUACGUUGCCUGCUACAAACGUAAUCCUGAAACAAAAAUGGCACUCUUUCACGCUGUUUAUGGAGCCGGUGCGCUAUGCUCGCCCCUCGUCGCGACCCGAUUCGCCUACAUCCCCCACUGGUCCUUCCACUACCUUACUUCACUUGGGCUCGCACUACUCAACACCGUCUUCCUCUUCCUCGUCUUUAAGCUGCGGACUCAAGACGAGUGUCUAGCAGAGAUUGGCGAGUCUGCUGGCGAGAGCGGAUCCAGCCAACACAGUGCCCUUCGCCAGGUCUUAACGUUGAGGAACGUCCAUCUUUUGGCACUGUUCAUCUUGGUUUAUGUAGGGGUUGAAUUCACUCUCGGAGGUUGGAUCGUUACAUAUGUCAUUGAGAUGCGCGGUGGUGGAGAGACGGCCGGGUACAUUUCGUCAGGUUUCUUCGGAGGCCUGACCGUUGGUCGUCUCGCCUUAUUAUGGGUCAAUAAAUUGGUUGGUGAACGACGCGUCCUCUUCUUCUAUGCUCUCCUCGCAAUUGGCCUUGAAGUGAUCGUAUGGCGUGUUCCUUCUCUGGUAGGAAACGGGGUAGCUGUCUCUCUUGUUGGUGUCCUCCUCGGGCCCAUGUACCCAAUCGUCAUGAACCACUCGAGUCGCAUCCUUCCGCCAUGGCUCCUCACAGGGUGCAUUGGCUGGAUUGCUGGAUUCGGACAGGCAGGCACCGCCCUCUUCCCCUUCAUCACAGGUGCUAUGGCGAGUUCAGUGGGCAUCUCAAGUCUGCAACCAUUACUAGUUGCCAUGAUGAGCUUCAUGAUAAUCCUGUGGGCGAUAGUACCCGGCGAAAAACCCAAACUGCAAUAAAGUAAUCAAUCCAUGAAAGACACAUGCUAUUCUUCAAGCGGCCUCUCGCAGCGAUUGUGGUAAGGAUGUGGGCAGAUGGGCGUCGGUUGUGGUCGUAGAAUCUCUUAUUCCGCUUACGGACAACGACACGACGUCUAGAGGCCUGAACGUGGUUAAUCAAGGAGGAUAUAAAAACUUGUGGAGGCAUACAUGAUAGCUGCGUUGAGUGAGGUCUGUCAAAGCAGGCUUUAAUGUCAUUGAAAUACAAGAUGUGCAUGGAUAUCUUCUGCGCGAAUUCUUGUGCCCUACGAGUAACUAAUGUGCGAAU